AGUCCUGUGGGGUGAAGCAAGGGGUAGAAGGCAAAGCACUUAAUUUAGCUUCUAGAAGCCAUGUGGCCCACUGGAGAGUUUUCCCACAGGUUUUGGAAAUGAGAAAGGGAAUGUUCUCGGGCCACGCUUGGGUGCCUCAGAUGGCUGGAGAGGGGGGAGUGUGUUUUGUGGUGGCUUGUCCCCUGGCUGAGCCAUUCCAUCACUAGCCGACCAUGACCCCAGGAGCCGGCUGGGCACGUUUCCUUCAGCCCACCUCACAGGCUCAGCACGUUGUGACCAGCUAAGCAUUGACCCCGGUCCCACUGGGAGAGGCCCUGCGGGAGCUGGGGAACAGGGAAGCCUUUGAGGUCUGACCUUCCUGCCCGACCCUCGGAGAUCCUGAAGGCAUCAGAGAGCCCCUGGGAGGCUGAAGGCUCAGGGCACCGGUACCCGGCACUCUAGCCUCUCUCCCUGAGGCACGAUUCUAGAAGUUCCCAUCCCCAGGGCAGAACCUUUUCCUGGCUUCACUCCCCCUUCCAAAGCCAAGGGGAAAAGCCCAGAAGCGGGCACAGGGGGCUGUGAGGUCAUAGAGGAAGGGAGGCCGCAGGUUACCUCUCUGGGCCCAAGAGCCCAGCCUGAGCCCUUCACGCCCUGCCCUCCUGUCCCAAGGCGUUUCUCCCUUGCUCUAGCAAUAGAACAGGGAGUGAUGCUGGCUUCUCAAGAAGGAAGCACUGGUACCCACUAAACUCCAUCUCUUGGACUGAAAGGGAAGCCGGGGAAAUGGGGAUGAAGCCCCGUACCCCAAGCCCUUGCUGAGCCACAGUGGAAAGUCAGGAAGGUGCUUGAAGGCAGAUGAGCCUAGGAGCAGCCUGGAAGCCAAAAUGCCCUGCUCCCAGAUAUGGGCAUCCCAGGGCCCCUUCUAGGCCCCCCUGCACCCCCUUCCUGGCAUUGGGGCCUCUGCAAUCUGUCUCCCCAGUUCACCAGCACCCUCCACCCCAGGGAGGCAGCCAGGCCGAGGCAGGGGAGAUGGGAGGUGCUGAGCCCGGAGCUGACGAGUCAGGCCAGGAGCCUGGCUGCUCACUGUCCAGGCCGAGGCGGACCAGCUUCUCAGUCCGCUCUGGGCCCCAGAGUACGUGUGUUCGGUGGGAGGGACUGAGGGCUUCGGGGGAGAUCUGGCCUCCAGUGAGGGUCCUUCUUCUAAUUCCUGGGAAAUGCUGGCAGGGAAGGAAAGGCCUGCUAUCGUCUCCAGGCCGCAAGGCUGGGAGCACAGAAAGCCACCCAGUGAGUGGGGACGGAAGAGCAACUCGGGCCUGGGCAGUGGCCUAGAUGGGGCUCCUGCCUGCCCUGUGGGGCGCUGUCCCAUAAGCUGCCAAGCUCUUUGCUCCCGGCUGGGGUAACCCAAGACAGACUCCUGCCAGACCGUUUGUCCCAGAAAGAAAGCAGGUGAGGCAAGUCCUCUGGGCACAGGGAAGACUAGAGCGAGGGUGGCCACUGUUGAUGGUCACUUGCAACACAUUCGGAGUCCCACAGAGGUGCCCGUCCCCGUGCUGGCUGGAAGAGUGGGAUGGGGGGGGCGGCAAAGGGAGGCACAGCCCUCAGCGGGUCAGGGCUGCCCACCCUGGCACCAGGGCCGAAGUGCCCGGCGCUGAGGGGCCCGGUGUCGACUUUGAAAGGCAAUUGGGAAAGGGGAAAAAGAGAUUGCCUGAGAGACACUUGGCAUUCACAGGAUGAAAGCCACAGGCUGGGGCACAGGCCCGUUGUUUCCAGGGCUGCCCAUCUCUACCAGUUGGCUGGCCCUCACUGCCUUUCCGGCACUGCUACCUGACCUGCAGGGGCGGGGGGCAGACGGGCACGGGGAACCCCUGCCUCUCCUGAUAAGGGGGCAAGGCCAGCUCACACCAGCGUGGGUCUUGCUGAUACAUGGUCCCUCCUGAUUCGGAGCUGAGUCACAACCCGCACCCCCACCCACCAGGUCAACCCCAGCACCGCCCCCCCGAAACCUCCCUCCAGGGUCGGGGAUCAGGCAUCCUCACAUGUGCCUCACCUGCUCUCCUUAGAGAGCAGCCCUGACCGGAGGCCUGGCGUGGGGUAGGACCUGGCCCUCUGGCCGGCGUGCGGCCAGCAGCAUGCAGUCUGGGGUAGGGACAGGCUUGAGAGAGGGGACUUGCUGAGGACAAGGAGUUGGGGAGCUGGCCCUUGGCUGGAAAGCUGCCCUGGGCCCCCUGGGCCCUCCGCGUCACCCCACAGAGGCGAGUGGGGCCAACAGAAGGGGAGCCCGUGAGCCCCUGCGGGAGUAAGUGGGGAGACGGCCCAGCUGGUCUGGCCCUGCCACACUCCGCUGCUGUGGGCGGGCGAUGAGUCGCCACAGCCACCUUGCCGGAAACAUCUAAUUAGGGGACAGAGAGCAGCACAAGCAGGGCCCGACCAGUUCUGCUUCCUGCCUCCUGCUGCCAGGUGCCACCCAGUGACACCCAGGGACAGGAGCGGCACGCCGAUGAGCACUCCGUGUGCGUGCGGCGGCGGCAGGGUGUGCUCCUGGGGGUGGCGGGAGGACAGGUUUGGCGGGCGGGGCCGAGGCAAACAUCCCCACCCUGGCACCCUAUGGCGGCCGUCCAGCCCCCGCUGCCCCUGGCUCGGGCAGGGGGGUGGGUAGACUGCCACCCCCUCAGUGGAGCCAGGGGGAGCCCAGAGCGACAGCUCCCUCUGAGCACAGACUGUCAGUCUGGGCUUUGGCCCCCCACAGCCCUACCGGGAGCCAGAGCCGUCGGUGGCUGAGCCCCCGUCGUGCCCCCUGGUUUUGGACAUGAGCCUUCGGGACUCCAGCUAUGGUGUGGCCCCAGGGCCCUGCGUGGUAGCCCAGCUGCCCUCCGAAGACAUGAGUCGUUUGGCAGAGCCCCAGAGCAGAGACCACGGCUUUCUGCGCACCAAAAUGAAGGUGACCAUGGGGGACAGUCCCAGUGGAGACCUCUUCACCUGCCACAUCUGCCAGAAGGCCUUCACCUACCAGCGCAUGCUGAACCGCCACAUGAAGUGUCACAACGACGUCAAGAGGCACCUGUGCACCUACUGCGGGAAAGGCUUCAAUGACACGUUCGACCUGAAGAGGCACGUCCGCACCCACACCGGUGUGCGGCCCUACAAAUGCAGCCUGUGCGACAAGGCCUUCACGCAGCGCUGCUCGCUAGAGUCCCAUCUCAAGAAGAUCCACGGUGUGCAGCAGAAGUACGCGUACAAGGAGCGGCGGGCCAAGCUGUACGUGUGCGAGGAGUGCGGCUGCACGUCCGAGAGCCAGGAGGGCCACGUCCUGCACCUGAAGGAGCACCACCCCGACAGCCCGCUGCUGCGCAAGACCUCCAAGAAGGUGGCCGUAGCCCUGCAGAACACUGUCACCUCCCUGCUCCAGAGCAACCACCACCUCUGAGCGGCCCCGCCCGGCCCGGGUCUCCUGCCCGCUGCCUGGCGGUGACUGGGCCUAGAGCCCCCUGCGGCUCACAUGUCCACUCAGGCCUGGCGCUGAGCUCUGCUCACAUUUGCGUUUUUGUCUGAGGGGCAGAGGCCACUCUGAGCCCGGACCAACGUGGGCGAGGCCCAGGGUGCCUUCCCCGUGAAGCAGCCCGCCUACAGUGAAAAGACUUCCUUCCCAGAGGACGGAUGGGGAUGCUCGGCGGCCAUGCUGCUCCGGAGCGCGGAGCAUGGGACCGGGGCCACAAGCUCCCCUCAGGGCAGCGGAGGGAAGAGCAGGGGCCGAGAGCAGCUGGGCAAAGCAGGGUGCUGGGGGAGCUGGCGCCCGCCUGCCCUGCAGUGUGCCUAAGCUCAGGGCCAUGGGGGCCUUGGCCCUUCCCUCGGGGCGGUGCAUACACUGUGCACAGCCACGGAUGCUCCUGCACACACAGGAGGCCUUUCCACACAUCACCUCAUUUUUAGGAAACCGACAACAAGGUGCCAAGGAAGUUUUAUUUCCUUUUUUUGACACAUGUACAGAUAUUAAUAUAUUUUUGGUGCCAAUGGUGGCUAUUUUUAAGAGAGGAUGGAGCUGGCUUUGUUCCCUCUCCGUGCAGUUCUAUUUAUCCUGGACAUUUCAUACCUCCUCUGUGCCUUGGCUCUGGGGGCAGGUGGGGGGCUUCCCUAAGCCACUCCCAAGCCUUGUACCUCCCAAGAUAUUUCACCAAAGACCUUCCUCCAGUCCUGCCUGGGGGCUGCCCAUCUGCUGGGGUAACGCACUGCGUUGGCUACUCCCCCUCCCCCGGGGGGCUCUGCUUCCCUCCUACAUCCUUUCAAAGCCUGCCUAGGGGUUACCAAGAGCCUGUCUGCCUCCUAAGAAUGGACCUUUUGUGGAACAACUCACCGUUGUGGAGGCCAAGAGUUUGUCCAGUGGCAGCUGUAGGAGGAAGGCCUGUGGGGUGGUGAGUCCUUGAUCCGCAGAGUCCGCUCUCUGGGACACUGAGAAGAGAACAGGACCAGGCUGCAAGGCCUGCCCUUCCUGGGUGGAGUGAACAAACCUAGGGCAGCAGCGAAAAAUUGGGCCCCAUCAGAGGCCCCUCGGGAGGGCAGCAUUAGAUGUUUGAGGCCUACUUUCUGACUUUUUCACAUGGCUGGGUUACGAGCGCGUGAGGAACAAGCCAUCCCAGAACUGGUUGGCUCGACUGGAGGAAAUCGGCCACCAGGCUCUAAUGGUGUGGCUGGGUUUCCUGCUAAAAAACAGGAGAAGGGGUGUGGGUCAAAAAGGAGAGAGGCACAGGGCUGGAGCCAGCCUGCCGAAGAAGGAGAAGGCAAACUGGAAAGACGUCCGAAGAGUGCGGCGGGCUGGGCCGGCCGGGCCCCUGGGCAGAACCAGCCCCAGACUGAGGGGAAGGUGCUUUCUCCCACCGCCCUCUGACUGUGUAUACAUUGUUCUGGAAGACUCCUGUUUUAUUUUACUUUAGAGUGUCUGGGAGCCGCUGUAUUCUGGAAGUUAUAUAGUAUAAAAUAACCUUAUCUGGAAGCUCUGUUUCGUUUACAUUUCUGUAGCCCUGUGUUAUUGCAAUCGGAGGGAGCCCUAACGCUCUGUGUUGUCUGUUUUAUUUUAUAACUUUCCCUCCAACUAUUAAAAUCAAAGAAUUAUCGUU